AUGUUUCGGUGUCGUGACUCGGGUGAAGCCUUUCCCGGAUCUCUACUAUACAAUGUCGGCGCUUCUGCAUGUUUCCCAAUGACGCCGCACGAACCAAGACUCUACGACGACUUCAACGAUGUGACCCUCCCCGCCACUAUUGAUAGACCAGAGGCUGUCAGUACACGGACGACAUGGACACUAUUGCUCUACCUGACAUCAGCCGCCGAGGGUUGUCUAGGAGGCCAAACGGUCUUUUACCCUCAUGAUCGAAAGGUGGGCAAGGAGGCGAUUGAAGUCGAGCUUGAGACUGGAAUGUUGCUGCUUCACAAGCAUGGUGACGACUGUCUCCUGUGUGAUCUGUAUUGCAAAACUAUCGAGGCGCCACUGUCUUAUACGGUUGACCUGGCGCAGUGCCAGGCCCCCGAGGCACUGUAG